AGAACUUCUACGAAACAAAGAAUAAGUAUGCCUUGCUGAUGACGAAAGCCUUCCAGAAUCUGUGAGGAGUUUUGCUGCACCCAUACCGAGAGAGGUAUAUAUACACGGCGGGAGGGGAGCCUGACAAGAAGCUACUGCCUUGUGUUAUAUUAACAAGCUCAAACCUACAUUCCAGCAACUCUACAAAAUGGCUAUGAUGAGGAGAGGAAAAAUUCCAAAAGAGGUUCAGUUCAUCUUUGACAAAUAUGCGCACCAGAACGUGAGGAGCUUGAAGAAGCCGGACGCCAUUAAGCUCCUGAUGACCGAGUUCAACCUGAAUGACGCCGAAGCCGAGUGCAUGUUCGAUACCUUUGAUAAAGAUCAGAAUUCCAUCAUGAGUAUCUGGGAGUUCCAGCAGUUCUAUGAAACAGUAGGGAACGGGGCGUCGGAAAUGUUGAACAAAUUCCAUGAACUGGACGUUGACAGAAGUGGAAAACUCGACCAAGACGAAGCCAGACAGGGACUAGAACUUAUGACGACCGCCACGGGGCGAAAAUUAGAUCCUCGUGAAAUCGAAUUCUUCCUGAAAACGGCCUCCGAUGACCAAGGCUUCAUUGAUAUCGGAAAGUUUGUCAGUCUGUUCAAGCGAUUGAAGGUUUACGACAGCCCCGCACCCCCAAAGAAUGCCAAAUGUCACGUGCUGGGUAGUGAAUGAACUGGGACAGACCAAAUAAAGACAGUGCUGGAAAACGUGUUCUUAGAUGAACAUUUUUUUGUAUUUUUAAGAUUUAAUUUUUUAUUUAAACGCAAUGGACGUCGUUAAUAUACUAUAAAAAUCUUAUUGUGUAAUAUUUCAUUGAACCAUGCGUCACAGUUUUCAUGUUAUACAUUGUACGCUGAUCGUAUAUGAUUUGUUCUUGUUUUGUUGAUCUUUUUCACUUUUUUACCAUGACAAAAAUAAAAUAUCUCGAGAAACAAA